AUGACCCACUACAAACUUACCUAUUUCGACGUGCGAGCAAAAGCCGAAUUCAUUCGUCAACUCUUUACCUUGGCUGGAGUCGAUUUUGAGGACAAUCGCAUUCCCGCCGGAUCGGAUGAGUGGCCAGAAUUGAAGAAAAAGAUGACCUAUGAGCGAGUGCCGGUGUUGGAAUUCGACGGGAAACAACUCGCACAGGCGAACGCGAUCGCCAAGUACAUUGCGGCUGAGCACGGUUUCAACGGCUCAAACGCCUGGGAGGCGGCGUUGAUUGACUCGGUGGGCACUCACUACGAGGAUCUCUUCAACGCUUGCAGAGCUUUCUAUUUGGGUUGGCUCAAAUUGAACAAUUUGACAUUGGAGGAUGCCUAUAAAAACUCGGUCGUGCCGGCGAGAGACGCGUUUUACCCACCAAUUUGCAAGUUCUUGCGCGAAAGCAAAUCGGGAUUCAUUAUUGGGGACAAACCCUCGUGGGUGGACCUUUUAGUGGCCGAUCAUUCGGAGACUUUCGUUCGCUACAAUCCCGAUUAUCUCAAGGAUUACCCUGAGGCAAAAGCUCAUUUGGAGAAAGUUCACUCGUUGCCAGCGAUCAAGAAAUGGAUUGAGAAGCGACCAAAUCGCGAGAUU